CCACCCCUUCUGGGGACAGCAGGGCGAAGCGGAUUUGCGCAUCUGUCAAUAUUGAUCCAGUUGGAGCAUUUUCACUCAUCCCAUCUCCUCGCUGCUUCCCUCUCUCGCCCUGGAGCCCCACAUCAGGCAUGAAGGCAUCGGCGCCCAGCAGCAAGGCCACAGCAGACGGCAUCCACAAGCCAACAGAGGAGAUGAGCGGCCGGCCGAUGCUGCUCAAUGUGGGCGGCUUCGUCAUAGCGUUCCCUCGGGAUGUGCUGCUGCGCGAGGGGCUGCGGGACACCUGCCUGGCGGUGCUGCUGAACCGCUUCGACAGCUGGAUGAUCACAGACGACAAUCGCAUUCACUUCAUUGACGCGACCCCUUCUACUUCAUCUGGUGAGGGGAGGGAGGGAAGCAACACAUUGGUUGACAGGCAGCAGCACUCGCCGUGUGUGUGUUCAGGUUGGCUGUGAAGCUUCGUUACCUGAGCUCCAACCGCAUCGACGUGAGUGAGAUCAUCGAGGGCUGCCCCGCACUGGCCUUCUACCACGACCGCUUCUUCGCCAAGACGGCCGUCACCAUCGAGCCGCAACACGGUGACCACGACAGCGAGGCGUUCCGGGGCUUCACGGCCGUCAUGGGGCCCUUCAUCAGCUCAUCGGUGGCGGGCGGGACGGGCGGCAGUGAGGUGCUGAGUGUGCGUGUGGCGGAUGGCGGUGUGGUGGCCACGACCGACGCGACGCUGGCCGACUACAGCAUACUGCACGACCGAUUCAUCAAGUAGGGCUACAGGCGGACAUGAGAUGGCGUGGUGGUCAUCUUCGCACUCUGUGUGUGUGUGUGUGUGUGUGUGUGUGUGCAGGUAUGGGCCCGUCGCGGAUGUGUCGGCAGACACCUUCCACAAGUGACACACCACAGCAGCAGCCAGGCGACACACGAAAUCUCUGUGUGUGUGUGGUGUGCAGGGUGGUCGACGAUUACAUUCGUCGCAUUCGGUUGCCCCCCGACGCCGCCACGCCGCUGCCGACGAGCAGCUGGCCUGACGAGCUCUUGUACGCCUGUGACAUGUACGGCCUCAUGGAUCGGGUGUACCUCUCGAUGAUCGACAAAUCGCACAGCCACAUCAAAUGCCUCUUCAAGUGAGUCACAACACACAACAGAGGGGUGUGGGAGGGAGAUGCCAUUUGUUGAUUUGGAUGCCUUUGUGUGUCAGGAGUUCGUCUGACGGAGAGUUUGGCACUCUGGUAGAGCGAGUGGCGGGUGUGAGCGGCCUGCUCUUCGUCAUCGAGGACGAGAAGCAGUACACCAUCGCCUGCCACAUCGACGGGCCCCUCAUCCCCCCGGCUGACCCGACAUCGACGCUGCUCACCGGCAGCCCUGUGACCUUCUACUCCAUCAAUGGGCCAUUCGAGGAGGGCGGCAUCGCCAAGAUCACCGUGCCGCAUGACGACCAGUACGUGAUGGUCGCCGGCACAGAGGGGGCGGUGAAGGACGGCAAUGGAGUGCCGGCUGGCAAGGUGUGCAUCGGGGGCGUGCGGCUCUGCCUGGGGUAUGGGCAGGGGAGGCCGGCUGACGACCUCCGCAGCUGCCUCCAGUGGGUGCGUAGAGGCGAGCUCCCCGGAGACAAGACGUACGUGGGCAGCAUCAAUUCAGGAGUGGCCACUUUGGCCAAGAAACACUCCUUCACAGCCCAGCGGCUUGAGGUCUACGAGGUCAGACAGAAACAUCAAGUGGACGGACGUCAUCAUGUCCAUGUGGCUUAUGUGUCCAUGUGCGUAUAUGUGUGUGUGUCUCUUUAGGUGUGGAGCACUCUCCCGGCUGAUCCCAUCCUUCCCGCCGAUGACCUGCAGGCCCUUAUCGACACGACACGCGACAUAGGGAUGACAGCACAGCUGCUCUACAAGUGAGUCAGCCAAAGAUGCUAUCAUCGUAUCUCUCUGCUGUCUGUCCGGCUGUGUCAGGGGCGAGCGUGACGGCUGGACGCACGAGACCAUGCUGGCCAAGGUGGGCGAGGCGGCCGACCUGCUGCUGGUGGCCAAAGACACCGGCAGCCACACAUUCGCCACCCACAUCGAGGGACAGCUCAAGCAGCCAGCCGACCCCACUGGAGUGGCGCACAGACGCUGCCCCGUGACCUUCUACUCCAUCAGCGGCGCAUUCGAGCAGCAGGGCAUCGCCAAGCUCACCGUGCCACAAAACAAGCAGCAUGUGAUAGUCGCCGGCGCCGAGGGGGCGGUGGUGGGCAGCAAGGGCGGUGCUGGCAAGGUGGUCAUCGGUGGGGGCCGCCUGUGGCUGGGGUAUGGGAGGGAUGCGCGCCCGGCUGGCGACCUCCGCAGCUGCCAUCAGUGGGUGAGGGGAGUGAGCUGCCCGACGACAAGACGUACGUGGGCAGCAUCAACGAGGACAGAUGGGCCACCUUAGCUGCCUGUGCGCACUUCACAUGUGUCGAUUUGGAGGUCUACACACUGCAGGUCAGAGGGGCCAGGGAGAGGAGGGAGGCACAUGAGUGUUUUGAUUCCGUUGCCCUCCUGGUUCUGUCUGUGUGUGCAGGUGCCGGAUGGCUGGGAGUGGCUGAGUGCGGUGGCCGACAUAGUGCUCUCACAAUCGACAUGAGAUCUGUCUGUCGAGGGGCUGAGCGGAGCGGGGCGAGUAGCCAGUGGAUGAGGAUAAUCGGCAGGCGUGGGAGCACGUGCCCACGCUUAUGCUCGGAUGUGUCUAUACCGUCUUAUGUGUUUGUAUACAGCUGCUGCGUGCGUGUGCCUGGAGAUGUGUAUACCCGUCUCUUUGUGCUCAUAUGUAUGUGGCCGUGGUGUCACGCGUGCGCUGCAUGCCUGGCUGCCAGUCUGUCUGCCUGCCUGCCUACGUAGUCAUGUUCCGACACCUGCAUCCGUUGAAGACUGCCACGAUCGAUGUGCCAGGGAGGUCACACACAUCCAUCCAUGCCGAAGCCACAUGGAUGGCCUCAGGUGCCCACACUGUGCUGGUUGGAUGUGUGACCUCCCUAUGUGUCUGUGUAGCUAGUGUGUCCCUGGGUCUCGGGUCAUGACACUUUGCACCCCAGAGCGGUGUGGCGGCCUUAAAACUUGAUUUGAU